CUGUGGCCGGGGACGCCCGCGUCGCGGCCAGGCGCUGGACAGUGCCGCCCCGCGGGUCAUGGUGUUCGGCCGUGGGUCACUCUCCCUACGGAGCCUCGCCGCGCUGGGAGCCGCCUGCUCGCGCCGCGGCCUGGGCCUACCCCUGCUAGGAAUUCUCCUGCAUCACACAGAUUUAAGGAAGAGUGUGACUGUGGACCAAGGCGCCAUGAAGAUUGAACUACUGCCUGCCCUGACUGACAACUACAUGUACCUGCUCAUCGAUGAGGAAACCCAGGAGGCCGCCAUCGUGGACCCGGUGCAACCCCAGAAGGUUGUAGAAACUGUGAAAAAGCAUGGCGUGAAGCUGACCACAGUGCUCACCACCCAUCAUCACUGGGACCAUGCUGGUGGGAACGAGAAGCUGGUCAAGCUGGAGCCAGGGCUAAAGGUGUAUGGUGGCGAUGACCGAAUUGGAGCCUUGACUCACAAAGUAACACACCUGUCUACACUGCAGGUGGGAUCUCUCAACAUCAAAUGUCUGUUCACACCAUGCCACACUUCAGGACACAUUUGUUACUUUGUGACCAAGCCCGGUGGUUCAGAGCCCCCUGCUGUGUUCACAGGUGACACCCUGUUUGUGGCUGGCUGUGGGAAGUUCUUCGAAGGAACUGCGGAUGAGAUGUACAAGGCACUGCUCCAGGUCUUGGGCCGGCUCCCUGCGGACACGAGAGUCUACUGUGGCCACGAGUAUACCAUCAACAACCUCAAGUUUGCACGGCAUGUGGAGCCCAACAACACUGCCAUUCAGGAGAAACUUGCUUGGGCUAAGGAAAAAUAUGCCAACGGGGAGCCCACGGUGCCAUCCACGCUUGCGGAAGAGUUCACCUACAACCCCUUCAUGCGUGUGAGGGAGAAGACCGUGCAGCAGCAUGUGGGUGAAACGGACCCUGUGACCACCAUGCGCGCCAUCCGCAGGGAAAAGGACCAGUUCAAGGUGCCUCGGGACUGAGGUGGCUGCACCCAAACCCACCACCACUGGCACCUUUAGGGAGUGGGAGUUUUAGGUAAAAAACUGUCCUGCUGGUCAUGCAAAAAUCAUCUUGGUUUAAUUUUAAAUUAAUUGCAGAGCUCUUACCUGUGUUAUCAAAUGUUCUAAUGCAUAUUUAUAAGAGAAAAAGUUUAAAAGUAUUUAUUC